AUGUCGUCGAGAUAUCCUCCUCCAGCCAGGGAUCGCUCUCCGCCUCGAUAUGAUCGCAGACCUUCCACUACCUACAGCUCGCUAGGUUCUUCCUACAGGGGUCAAGCAGAUCUCGUCUCGCCCUCAUCAGAUCGGCCCCCUCCUCGCGGUCCGAAAGCCGAGUUUCGCGGGGGUGCUGGCGGCGGUGGGAGUGGGGCCUUUCCCUAUUCUUUUGCAUCCCGUGGACGCGGAGGUCUCCCUGCUCGCAAUGCUGACACGUGGGAUCGCGAUCGGGACCGUGAUCGUGAUCGUGAUGCCCGUCCAGGACCACCAUCCUAUCGAGGCCGAGAUGCUGACGACCGAGUGGAUUGGCCCAGGCGCGACCGCGAUUUAACUUCUGCAAGGGAUGGCAGACCCUAUGCCGGUAGAGAUCGGUCUGCCUCACCCCUCCGUCCGCGGAGGGAUUCUCGCGAAUCUAUCCCCUCCACGUUUGUUCGGCAAUCAGAGUCGGCAUCUUCGUACUACGCUCCAGCAGCACGAGGUGGCUUAGGGCGUGGAAGGGGAAGGGGUGAUUGGGAUAGGGGUAGAGGAAGAAAUUCCUUUGUUGGAGACAGAGAUCGUGACCUCUUCCAUCCCCGUAGUCGGUCCAGAGACGGUUGGCGGGAGCGUGACUUCGACCGAGGCCGCCCGCUUCCUUCAGAUGGCGAUCGUGCAGACCGCUACGACCGCCGAGAGUAUGAUCGUAGCAGAGAGCGCGAUUCGAGAGGCCGUGAUCACGAUCUCUGGCCAAGAGAGCAGUCACCCGGCAAGAGCUCUGUGGGCACAUCCAGUGGGAUUACCACCAUCCCCGCCGCCGCUGUCGCUGAUCGGCCCGGAAGGCCUGUCAUUGACGUCGCUCGAAGACCUUCGGCUGCUCCAACCCCUACGGGCUCUAUGCGCGAGGGGCGGCGCGACGAGGAGCAAGCCGACUAUUUUGGCGGACCCAGGACGGAUCCAUCUCGACGUGAACCCGCCCAGACUAUACAACAGUCUUCUGCUGUUGCUGCCCUCGACUAUGGUCCUCCGCCCUCUUUGCCUUCUACUACCACAUCUGCGACCGAGAGAGCUGCUCCAGUUAGGCCUCAGGGCCCCAAAGCUGACACCACGACAAGCUCAUCGUCCGUUUUCCAGCCGCCUAGUGGGCCGAAGGCCGCAAGAACGUCUAUCACAGCAACACCGGGCCAAAGUGUAAAGGCUGCACAACACCAUGACUCUUGGCCUCGCCCUGACCCAGUCUCACGUCCUCAUCGACCUAGUCUUACUCCAGUUGCUAGCAAUACCUCGGCUGAGGUGUCUGUCAAGAAAGAUGACUCAAUUGCAGAUCCCAAACCCCCUACAGCUCCGGCUGCAGACCGCGCUAUGCCACCGAACGUCCCGUCUGGCCCUCGAUCGACCACAGCCCCUCCUUACAGACAAAGAUUGUCAUCAACUGAACCAAUCGGUUCUGCUCUUGCUCCUACUGUCUCACGAGAAUCUGCCAAAUCCUCAAUACCAGAUGUGAGGACCCCUGCAAUACCAACCGGACCCCGUCUCGACAGAGAAACGGCUAGACCGCUACCAGGGACUGGUUCAAAGAUUUGGGUUUCCCCAGAAUAUAAACCCAAGCCAUCAGCAAUAAACGCGUCAAACAAGCCCUAUCAGCCCGAAGCGCGCGAUAGGUCAGUCACUAUUCCUACAGGUCCGAGGCAGCAGACUGCAUUCCACAGUGCUGCAGAGAAGGUGAAAGGACCAUUGACUUCUCUUGGUCCUAUUCCAUCGGCACCUUCAGGGCCCAAAGGCCUAUUAUCAACAAGUCCUCCACCCCGGGAAGCGAAACCUACUUCACCCUCUCCCAAAGAGUCUGUCAGCCAAGAGCAGCAGCCAGCUGAUGUGGAGAUGUCGGUGCCUGCAUCAAGCGAGGACGAAGAUGAGGCAGAGGACGACUCAUUUGAUGAAGAGUACUAUGCAGAAUUGGAAGAAAGAUUCCGACAAGAGAUGGCUGUGCUUGAGGCUCGAAUGCCUCCUCCGCUACUACAAGACGAGGCCAUCGUGGCUCUCCUUAUCAAAUUGCAGUUCCUUGAGAUGGUUUUGAAGGAGGCUGUGACACGUCCACCUUCACCACCUGUGGCUGCCACCAAACAAGAGGAAGAAGAAGGAAUACUGGCGCCUGUUGGUAUCUCUGCCGGUCUUCCGUCACCAGACCGUGCUUCACAGGAAGACGAAGCUAGGUUGGACCAUGAGGAAGAACAGCGCCCUUAUCCUAAAGGGAGACCGCUCAAGCAGCCACACGUGAACCCCAUCCCCACCCCACCAAUCGAAGACCUACCGUACUUGAGGGUAGGCCCACCUCAAAGAAUUGUAUUCGAAGAAUCGGACGACGAAGUUGAACAUGAGGCCAUCUCGAUUCUUCUGCAACAAGAAUUUGAACGAAGCGCCUGGGACUGGAGGAGCGACCUUGAGGACAUGCAUGCUGAAUUUCGGCGGAAGUACUCUUUGUGGAAACAGGGGGUUAUUCACCUAGAACAAGAGAGACGCGAGCUGCAGGCUAGCCCAGCCCCGGCCUCCCCUGCACCGUCCGCUACAGCAUCAGUCACUCCUUCAUUAACCCACGAGCGUACUCGAGGAGCUAGGAAUACUACAGAGGCAGAUCUCCAGGCUGCCAUCCUCAUGUCGCAACAGUCACUGAAAGAAGAGGAGGAAAGAAGAGAGCGAGAAGCCAACUCCAGCUCUCUGCCGAAUUACGAUCUGGAGGCUGUCAUCCCUCCCAUGAUGAAACCUGCGGACAUUGAGCUAUCCAGGUUUGAGGACACGAAUGGCCUGAUACCGGCAGAACUUGCCUUGGAUGUGUUUCGUUACCUCCCCCCAGAGGAUGACUUCAACGAAGAAGAGCAGACCCUCUUCAUUGCAGCGUACUGCCAGUACCCGAAGAAAUGGGGGAAGAUUGCCGAGUCUAUCCCGGGAAGGACGUAUCAGGAUUGCAUUGUUCAUUACUACCUAACCAAGACCCAAGCGCGCUACAAAGACCUUUGGAGGCGAUCUCAACCCAGGAAGAAGCGCGGUAGGGCCGCGACGAAACCCCGGUCGACAGCCCUCAUGUCGGAACUAGACUACCGCAACGAUCCAGACGCGGCGCCCGUUGCCGUUACGGAUAGUGGGAGGCCACGACGAGCAGCCGCGCCCACGUUUGGAGACGCUGCCAGCGAAGCUGAUUCCUCAACUCCCGCACCGCAAUCCAGGAAACCCACCGCCGCUGGAAAGGAUGGCAGUGCAGAACCAGGACCGACGAAGACAACGCGCGGGCGCAAGGCCGGCAUUGCUACCAGAAACCGUAGAACCAAAGCACAGAUACAAGCUGACCAGCAAGCUCUACUUCUGAAUGCUGCUGAGGGUUCGGCGGGCAAGCCUCCCGCUGCCGCGAAGGCGGAGAAAGUCCGGGCCAUUAUUACCGCGGAAAAUGUUCCCAUCAGACAGGAGCCGGCGCCUGUUUCCCAACUACAGCGCACAGCCGAGGUUGGAGUGCCACAAUAUCCUGCCUCUGAUAUGACGCCUAUGACUCCUAUGCCGCCGGUGGUCCAGACCCCGGCGGCAUCUCAAGUGACAAGCUAUUGGUCGGUGCCUGAACAGCAUAAAUUCCCGGUCCUCCUGGCAUAUUUCGGGCACGACUAUGCAGCCAUAGCGGAGUUCAUGAAGACGAAGAGCGUGACUAUGAUCAAGAAUUACUUCCUUCGGCAGUUGAACGAUGGAAAAGACGACUUCGAGAGACUUGCACAGAAGGGUGAUCAGAUGAGGAUGGCUGGCAAUAUACCAGGGCAACCACCAAGUCCAAUCGCUCCGCCGAAACGUCGAUAUGAGGCAACGUCGGCGCUGGCUCCAAUGGGUCGUCAUACAACACAAAUCGAGCAGGCCAUGGCUGACACGGAAACUGCGGUGUCAGCGGUUCAGCAAGGCAUCAUUGAAGACGUGCACCGCAGCACUGUGGAAAGAACCGCAGUGGGUGAGGUAGUCAUGAAGCCUCGCUCCAUCCGAGAAGUCAUAUCUGAAACCCCCAUGUCGGGAGCACCGCUAGCAAAGGCCGAAGAGGUUCCAAGAUUGGCACAUGAUCGCGCAUCCUUAUACGGACCAAAACACUUGCAUGGUCCGAGACCUGGAGUCUUUCAGGAUGACAAUCUCGCCUUUCCUCCUUCACGCCAACCACUCCGGGUAUCGUUGAACGAUAUUCCGGCUCAGAUACACCCUCAGCGUUCUCAAGAUGCUCCUCAACCCGACUUAAGCCAGCCAGCUCCUAUGUCGACUCUUACGCACACUGUCCUCGGACAACGGGAAGCCUUGAACCAACCACAGCAGCGACCGCAAGGUGUUCCGGUCCAGUUAGCCCAGGGUCCGCAUUUGCAAAGCGAUAUUCAUGACCAGCAACAUGUGUUUCGACCGAGCCACAGCCGCACCGGAAGCGCAGCCACUCCAGGUCAUGUAGCUAUGGAGACACCCCAGGAUCUGUCCUCCCUGCGUCGCCCCGAAAAUCAACGUGCCCUGUACGGACCGGGGCCAGCCAUUUCUCCAGCGCCCGCACCGACACCGAUUCCCGCCUCUCAACCUCUACGGGGCGACAUGCCUCAGCCUGCUUCCGCGCCGCCCCCAGCCGACCAUUCCAAACCCACCGGAAAGCGUUCAAAUGUGUUUGGUCUCCUCAAUGACGAUCCGCCCGAUCCUCCGCCAAAACGCCCGUCGCUCGAUGCAGCAAAACGACAGUCCAUGAUUUCACCGCAGGUUGCACCUGUGUCCGCUCCUCAGCCUCUUUUGCAACCGUCCCGCAGUCAGACGGUCCCUGAUGAUCUGUCGGUCACCAGAUCGGUGAGAGGGCCAUAUGGACAUGGCGGUCUUUCCCAGACUGCAGCUGCUCAACAAGCAAGUCAGGAGUAUCCGAGUGGGUUCUCCGCCACACCAGUUAGUGCGCCGAGUAACGAGUCUUGGAUGGACCGGUUCGACCCGCGGACUCAAGGUGGUCCCGCUGAACAACGAACUCACCAUCAAUCUCCUGGCCCAGGACACUACUCUUUGGUUCCUCCGAGAAGUGAGGCGCCCUUGGGUCCGGUGCGAGGUGAGACUCCUAGAAGUCUAGAACGUGCUGCACUGGACCACCGACGGUCACUCUUGGGGCAAAUCAACCAGAUGCCACAUGCACCCUCGCCACCGCCUCAACAGCCUUCACAACCGGGGCAGCAAUAUCGGUCGACCUCGGGCUCGUCGCAGCACUCCCGGGUCACAUCCCUUGGAUAUCCCAAUGCUCCCUCCGCGCAGAGCACUACCCCUUCGAUAGGACUACAGCAGGCGGUACCCGGCCAUGCACAAUCGGUAAGCGCUACGCUUGGACCGGGUCUUCACCAAAGAGGGCCCUCGUCCCUUGAUUACCAACCCCGUCUGACGAUUCAACAACACAUGGCGCAACAGAGCCAGCAAAAGCAGGAGCAACAGCGGGAGCAUGAAAGACAGCUACAUCGACAUCGAGAACUGGAGAUGGCCCAGCGCGAUCGAGAUCGAGAUCGGGACCGCGAGCAGCAGCAGCAGCAGCUGAGGCGAGAUGUCUACGGUAUCGAACAGCACCCUUCGCUAGCGGUGUCGCGCCAGAAUCAAAUGGGUUCUGCAGCUAAUCAGGGACAUAUGGCAUUCGCGCAGCGCGAGAUUCCCCGAACCUUCACACCACCACAUGCGCACACUCAUUCUCAUUCACAUUACACAGGCCCCGGUCCUGGAAGCCUGGGUACCCCACUGACUCACCAGCACCAACAUCAUCAACACCUGCAGCAGCAGCAGCAGCAACAGCAACAGCAACAGCAACAGCAACAGCAACAGCAACAGCAACAGCAACAACACCUUCACCAACCUCAACAUCAGCCUCGACACCAGCACCAGCCUCCGUAUCAGGGUCAGGUUCAGGGUGGAGCGGCUCCACCACCCUCUCAUCAGGCGCCGAGCACGACCCAGCCACCACAGCAUCCGCUGCAACAUGUUCAUCUCCAACAACAGCCACAGCCUCGUGGUCUACAUCCUGGAGCUGCAGGGCAUUUCCGUGCCUUGAGCCAAGGUGGAGAGCCGAGGCGGGAAGAUAGACGCUGA